UUCACAAGGUUGACGGAAAAUGCUCUGUGCUUUUGUUGUGAUUGCUACGAUCCUGUUGUCUGAUCAUUUGAUUACAAACAGUACUUUGUAGUUCGCUUCUUAUCGCGGCCAGGUCACCUCUGACCAUGCAUCACUGGGGUUUCUCGUCUCAAAGAUGCUGAGAAGCCAACAGCAGUCACCUUGAUGGGCAGCAAGGAGCGUUACACCAAUAACCGGAUGAGAUCCCCUCAUUCGGGUUUUCUCUGAAUAAGUAAAGACCCAUAUUUAUAAUAACCGCAGACCAGAGUUCAGUGUUGCUGCGUCCUUGCAGAUGCAGUCUUCUUUGCAUCCAAUCCAUCCGGCAACAUUUCUGACUUUGCUCAAGAGCUGUGAGGUAAUGGCAGCUGCCAGCACAAGCAGGCCUGGCAGUGCCCAGACCACUGAGAAGUCUCAGUUGAUCUUGAAAGUGGUGUCGGCGAAGCCCCAGUCUCCCAAGCUGCCAAACCGACCCUCCCGCCUCAGCUCCUUUGUCGAGGUCACAGCAGACGGCCUGACAAGCGAAACCAAAAAAACGGGCAAACGCAGCGGACACCUCGAGCUGCAGUGGAACGAAGACCUCACCCUUAAUGUGACGCCUCAGAGUCGCCUGGAUCUGAAGCUGUGGAGCUGCCACACCCUGAGGAAGGAGCUACUUGGCAGCGCCACCAUAGACCUGCUGGACACGCUGCGCACUCACGAUGGCAAAAUGGAGAACGUCCAGCUGAGUCUGGUGCUGCAAACGGAGAACAAAGGCACGGUUGUAGCGGGAGGCGAGCUCAACGUCUGUCUGGACGGCAUGGCUGUUGAUCUGGGCACGCUGCCCAAUGGAAGCACGGCAGCAGACAAGCUACUGCAGUCAGACCGACCCAACCUGAGGAGGACACAGAGUGAAGAGACUCCCAGUACAGCAGGAGGUCAUAGCAGGAGUAACAGGCACUCAGUGGGGGGUCCGCAGGGCGGCUCCCCGGGGGGCUCCCUGACUAACGGCGAGCUGAUGGAGGAGCAGAUGCCCGGGUCGUGCUCGUCUGGUCGCCGCCGCUCCUCCAAGAGUCACGUCAGCCCCGGGAGCAGCGCAGACAAAGUUGAGCUGACAUCUAACGGGCUGGAAGGAGGCCACAAAGGCGUGGCCCGGCACACGGCCCCGCCAUCCUCGCCGUUGGGCCAAUCACCGGCCACCGUGGCCGCUGCCAGCUGCGCCACCACCACCACCACCACCACCACCAACACCACCACCACCAGCAGCGGCAGCAGCCCCUCCCCGGGUCAGGACACCCUGGGUCCUGCCGUGCCGGCAGAGCCCGCCCCCUCCGGCGCCGAGCAGACCGGCAGCAGUGGCGCAGAACCAACCACAGAAUCUCUCCCGGCGGGCUGGGAGCAGAGGGUGCUGCCUCACGGACGGGUCUACUACGUGGACCACAACACCAAAACCACAUGCUGGGAGAGGCCGCUGCCUCCAGGCUGGGAGAAGCGAGUGGACCAGCGAGGCAGGUUCUACUACGUGGACCACAACACCAGAACCACCACAUGGCAGAGGCCCACGGCCGAGUCUGUGCGCAACUACCAGCAGUGGCAGAGCCAGCGCAACCAGCUGCAGGGCGCCAUGCACCAGUUCAGCCAGCGCUUCCUCUACCAGCCCUCCGGAGCUCCGGUGGAGAACGACCCUCUGGGCACGCUGCCUACUGGAUGGGAGAAGCGGCAGGACAAUGGCAGAAUCUACUUCGUCAACCACAACACGCGGACGACGCAGUGGGACGAUCCCCGGACCCAAGGGAUGAUCAAGGAGCACCCCCUGCCCCCGGGCUGGGAGAUGAAGUACACCGCUGAGGGAGUGCGAUAUUUUGUGGACCACAACUCACGCACCACCACCUUUAAAGACCCCCGACCCGGGUUUGAGUCAGGGUCACGGCAAGGCGGUUCACCCGGUGCCUACGACCGUAGCUUCAGGUGGAAGUACCACCAGUUCAGGUUCCUGUGCCAUUCCAACGCUUUGCCCAGCCACGUCAAGAUCUCCGUGUCCAGACAGACGCUGUUUGAGGACUCGUUCCAGCAGAUCAUGAAUGUAAAGCCGUACGACCUUCGGCGCAGACUCUACAUCAUCAUGAGAGGAGAGGAGGGGCUGGACUACGGCGGCAUCGCCAGGGAAUGGUUCUUCCUGCUGUCCCAUGAGGUGCUGAACCCCAUGUACUGUUUGUUUGAGUACGCCGGCAAGAACAACUACUGCCUGCAGAUCAACCCCGCCUCCUCCAUCAACCCCGACCACCUCACAUACUUCCGCUUCAUCGGCCGCUUCAUCGCCAUGGCUUUGUACCACGGCAAGUUCAUCGACACCGGCUUCACGCUGCCCUUCUACAAGCGGAUGCUGGACAAGAAACCCACACUCAAAGACCUGGAGUCCAUCGACCCGGAGUUCUACAACUCCAUCAUGUGGGUCAAAGACAACAAUCUGGAGGAGUGCGGCGUGGAGCUGUACUUUGCACAGGACAUGGAGAUCCUUGGGAAGGUCUCCACCCACCAGCUGAAGGACGAAGGCGAGAACGAGCUGGUCACGGAGGAGAACAAGGAGGAGUACAUCACCCUGUUGACGGACUGGAGGUUCACGCGCGGCGUGGAGGAGCAGACCAAAGCCUUCCUGGACGGCUUCAACGAAGUGGUUCCUCUGGAGUGGCUCCGCUACUUUGACGAGAAGGAGCUGGAGCUGAUGCUGUGUGGGAUGCAGGAGAUCGAUAUGGCCGACUGGCAGAAGAACACCAUCUACAGACAUUACACCAAGAACAGCAAGCAGAUCCACUGGUUCUGGCAGGUGGUGAAAGAGAUGGACAACGAGAAGAGAAUCCGUCUGCUCCAGUUUGUGACGGGGACCUGCCGGCUGCCUGUCGGAGGCUUCGCUGAGCUCAUAGGAAGUAAUGGUCCCCAAAAGUUCUGCAUAGACAAGGUGGGGAAGGAGACCUGGCUUCCAAGAAGCCACACGUGCUUCAACCGUCUGGACCUGCCGCCCUACCGGAGCCUGGAGCAGCUACGGGAGAAGCUGCUGUUCGCCAUCGAGGAGACGGAGGGAUUCGGACAGGAGUGACACGGCCCUCUGGACAGGAGAAACGCUCCAUAAAUAGGAUCGUUCUUUUCUUAUUAAUAUUAUCAUUUCUGCAUUUGGUAACAGAGCUAAAAAAAAUAAUCCGUCGUCUAUGGCCGCUCACCCAGGGGUUUGUGUGUGUGUGUGUGUGUGUGUGUGUGUGUGUGUGUGUGUGUGUGUGUGUGUGUGUGUGUGUGUCCAAAUUGAUGCCAUUGUGUAUGCCCAUAUAGGUUUAACAGGAAGGCAGACGGUUUUAUUUGCCUAGAGUGUGCCCCCCCCGUACCCAACACACACACACACACCUCCACUCACCGCUUAGAGACCCACCGAAAACCAGUAGCAGCACAGCUACCUGCAGCAUAAGGUGUCUCCCAGAGAGGACCACGGGAGGGGAGAGAGAGAGAGCACGUGUGUGUCUGUACACAACGGUUCAUGAGAAAGUGAGAUGGAAUGUGAUUUUAUUUUCAUUUUUUUUGUUAGUCUGCAUUUUGUCUUCUGUACAUAACGAAAAUAAAUGAGAUUUCAAUCUGC